AUGCUAAACGUUUGUUUCUACAUAGAGACGCUACGCUCUGCUGUUUGUGGCCUCCCACCAGACUCGACCGACUGCCCCCGCUCCACCAACAAGCUGAUUAAUGAAAAUGUCAAAGUAGGAAUGCUGUUUGCUUCCAAGGCCACCGUGCAGCUGAUUACCAACCCGUUUGUAGGGCCGAUCACAAACAGGAUAGGAUACCAGCUCCCCAUAUUUGUUGGCUUCUGUAUAAUGUUCAUCUCUACUAUCAUGUUUGCCUUCUCAUCGAGCUACGCUCUGCUGUUUGUGGCCAGAUCGCUUCAAGGCGUGGGCUCGUCCUGCUCAUCUGUGGCGGGGAUGGGAAUGCUCGCCAGUGUGUACACGGAUGAUGAGGAGAGAGGUCAUGCCAUUGGCAUUGCCUUGGGAGGUUUGGCAUUAGGAGUGCUAGUUGGACCCCCCUUUGGCAGUGUGAUGUAUGAGUUUGUUGGGAAAACAGCUCCUUUCCUUAUUUUGGCAUUCCUGGCUCUGUUUGAUGGAGCUCUGCAGCUUUUUAUUCUUCAGCCCACCAAGGUGACACCAGAGAGUCAGAAGGGAACCCCACUGCUGACACUGAUGAAGGAUCCAUAUAUAAUAAUAGCAGCAGGUGCCAUUUGUUUUGGAAAUAUGGCUAUUGGCAUGAUGGAGCCAACCGUGCCAAUCUGGAUGAUGGAGACCAUGUGUGCCAGGAAAUGGCAGCUAGGUAUUUACACAGCUCUGCACACAAAGACACACGUUUACGGAGUAAAACUGACUACUUCUUGUCUCCCUUACAGAUGGCUUUGUGCUCUUAUUGGAAUGGUUGUGGUUGGGAUCAGUGUAAUAUGUGUUCCCUUUGCUAGAGACAUCUAUGGUCUGAUUCUUCCUAACUUUGGUGUUGGUUUUGCCAUUGGAUCGUACUCUACUCAGGGGGCAUACUACCAGGGUGAAGACAUGGAUCCAGAAUAUGACGAUUAUGAUUAACAGGACCCAGCCAUGCAGGGUAACCCUUCAGAGGAUCUAUUUUGUUGUACAAAAAGAAGGAAUAGAAGAAAAUCACAGCAAAUGAAACGAAACAGCCAAGACAUUUCCACGUGAAUGUCCUGCAUUCAAUCGUCAGUGUUCACUGUCUUCUUAGCAGUUGUACUGGAGCAAACCAAAGUUGUCCUUUAUCUGUGGUCUACAGCGCAUUGUGUUGCACGUAUUUUGUUUAGCCAACAGCCUUAUUAAUGGGAGCAAAACACCUUUUAGGUGCAGUUUGCUGAGCUGUCUUUAUCCAUGUACUGGACAUUCAGUUUGAACAUAACAGCCCUGAGUAUUAGUGUCAGAUUUAGGUGUGUAACCAUUAAAAAUGGGGAUUUGUGCGAUAAGUCGAGUUUGUCAAAAUCCAGGAGGAUUUGUCGGACGAUUUCUUUUGAUAUUUCCAUGAAAGGCCUCCCCCGCACCGCUGCUGUAGAUGACCUGUGUCAGGAAGUUAACACACUUAGAUGAGGAAUGUCUUCUUAAACACAUUAUCAUGUUUGUCCUUCUAGCAGGAACAGAGACUGUAUGUUGUUAGAAUCUCUGAAACCUUCAAUGAUGAAAGUCAAUUAGAAUAAAGUCCAGAUGACACCAGUGCUACCAGGAUACACCACAGCUUAGUCACACGCACACUUUAGCACAACAGCAUCGGUGUUCCUGAAGAUGCUUUAUGUGAAUCUUUCGUGCCCCAGCCUCCCCGUCUUGGGGCUCUGGUCUGCAAUGGUCGGCUUACUAAUAGAAAUAAACAUGUUACAAAAAAGUCUUUACAACUAUUUUUCUCAUUCACAACAAAUG